AUGGCGUCCAGCGACAACUCAGACCGCCACGGCUUCCCGCAGUGGUCUUGCAGUCAGCCCCAAAACAGAUAUUACAGCAGCAAUCCCACGCGCAGUCGGUCUCCCCACAGAGCACCCGCGCAAGCGGACCCAGCAACAGCGGAAGCAGCAGCAGCAGCAGCUGCUGCUGCUGCUGCCGGGCGUAGGCCUCCGGGGUGUUUACAGCGAGGAUUAUAUUAUCCCCACCAGUCGGCCUCGCAGGUUUUUCCCGCAAGGGUCCCUUCUUCGUUUGAGCAUCACGACAGUCUGGCUCAAUGCAGCAGCAACAACAGCAGCAGCCCCGCUGGUGGCAAUGCAGGAGCGGCCGGUUGCAGCAACCACAGCAACGGCUCCAGGAGGCCGACAACAGAGUCUUCACAGCAUUUCACAGCAGCAGCAGCAGCAGCAGUAGCUGCAUCAGACAGCCAGCAGCAGCUGAGGAGAGCCAAGCGCCUGCUGCUUGUGGCAACCCCAAGGUAUCACAAGUAUGUAGACGAGAGGGGAAACGGCUUCCGCAUCAAUUGGCUCAAAUGCGCCUACUGCACGUCUGACCGAGUCUACCGCAAGAUAGACGCACUGAAGAGACAUAUGCAUUCAGAUGCAUGCAAGUGGAAAACACCAACAGCAGCAGCAGCCAAAACAGCAGCAGCAGCAGCAGCAGCAGCGCCCAACAGGUGCAGCGACAGUCUGCAGCAGCAAGAGCAGCACCGGCAGUUGUUGCAGCAACAGCAGCAAGAGACGAAUAAGCAGAUACAGCAGCACCAACAGCAACAGCAACAGCAGCACAACCAGCUGCAGCAGCAGCACCAUAACGAACAACAGCAUCAGCAGCGGCAGCUGCAGCUGCAGCAGCAGCAGCAAGAGCAUCAGAAGCAGGGGGGCCUUCGCGGCGGGGCAUUCUCUCUCCCUCUUUCGCCUGGCCUCGCAGCUGCCGCCCCCACAGCAGCAACCCACUGCAGCAGCAGCAUCAGCGCGGCUACAGCGACCCUGCUGCUGCUGCUGCUGCUGCUGCUGCUGCGGGAACACGAUCGCUCCCAUACAAAGCAGCAGCAGCAGCAGCAACAGCAGCAGGAGAUGCUGCUGGAGCGUUACAUGGGCGUGGACUAUUUGCACCGGAUUUGUUGA